AUGGGAGAAUCAACCGAAUGCCAGUUCCCUGAAUGCCCAGAACCAAAAGUCACGAGGGCUCUUCGAGGGACCCUACAGUAUCACUACCAGAAGACCGCCAAGAAAUACUGCGCCGUACAUUCGGCGGCUAUUCUUUUCAAACCUGGCCAAUGUCGAUCAGUUGAUGAUAAUCUGUCCUUGAGCUUUUCAAGAUGCAGCAUUACCACGUUCAACAAUGAACAGUGCAAGAACAUGCUCAGACGCCAAGACGCGAUAUUUUCCCAACAACUCUUUGAGUUUACCGAAGGGAUUUGGAGAGUCUGGCUCCUUUCUUGUGACUUACAUAGGAGACAGCUCUCGAGCUUGACGAGUACCCUCUCUGGCCUCACGCGUCAACGACAGGAACAGCUGCAUCAGCCGUUGUUUCCCCUACAAUUUAAAGAGCUCUUGAGAUACUAUGAUGGUGUUACGCACAAAUUCCCAUCAAUGGAUGAGAGAGCUCGUCGUUCGGCUGCAAUGAUUCUACAAAACUGCACCAAUCUCAGCAGGCCAUAUGACUUCUCGAGGAAUAUCUCAAUCUUGAAUAGGAUUGACUGGGAAAUCGACCUGCCACUGAGAGAUAUUGCCAUCAGUGGCAACGUCUCCUCUAGCGAGGGCACUGGAGAUGACAGGGAAGCUUUCUUAGUCGACCAGACCAUAUCGUGGGGUUCUCUGACCACCAUUUUGGUUGUUGAGCACUGGUAUGACGAACUGCCUGUUGAUGAUGAGCUGAUUGAAAUCAAUGUGCGAGGAAGAAGUCUUUUCUGCAUUCUUGGAGCCAUUCAGGAAUUUUACGAGACGGAAAAUCGUAUAGAAGGCAUGAGGCAUACAGUGUUCGAAGGGCUCCAACUUCAGAGCGAUGGCCGGUGGCAUCUGUCCCUUGGAAGCUAG